CGCCAGUCUGGUCCGCGCCCUCACAGUAGCGCGAGCGCGAGGAGCGGCACCGCGGAGCGCGAGCGCAUUCCUCCGGCUCGAGCUGCUGCUGCUCCCGUUAGAACGCGUGCACGAGCGCGCGAGAAAGAAAGAAAGAAAACGAGAGAGAUAAAGAAAGAGAGAUUAAGAGAAGAGGAGAGAAAGGGCGCGCGCGAGAAAGAGAGAGAGAUCCGUCCGCUCUCUCCUCCACCACUCGUGUGGGAUAUUUGAGCUGCGCGUGCUCUGCAGGGGGGCGAUGAGGAGGAGGAACCCGGACCCCUCUCACGCGCCCGGGGCUGAAAGUGCGGCUGAGACGCGGCAGCGGCGGUGCACGUGCACGUGCGCGGCGGUGGAUGUGUGUACGGGGGACUUCUCCUUCUAGGACACCUCUGCUCGGAUGCUGCGCGCGCCCUGUGGAUCCAUUCUUUCCUUCGCUCGUCAAGGACGUCGUGCGCUCGUGCGUGCAUGCUUGCGUGCGUGUGCGCGUGCAAGCUUUUGAGUGAGUGUGUUUGUGUGCAUUUGUAAGAGUGUGUGUGAGAGUGAGUGUACGAGUGUGUGUGUGCACUCAGCAAUGACUCAGAGCUAGGCUAGCUGGUGCUCGUGCUCACUUUUUUGUUUUUAGGACAUAAUCUGCUUGUCCUCGUGCGUUGGUUUGCGUUGGGUUGGGUUGGGUUGUGAGUCCUUGCGGUUGAGUAUAUGUUAGUUAGUGUGAGUGUGUGUGUGUGCACGCGCUUGCUGGCGCGUUCUAGGUGUUUUUUUAGCGUGCAUGUGAGAAUUUGUAUGCGAUUGUAUGCAAGUGUAUGCGCGUGGAUGCGAGUGUGUGCAAGUGUGUACGCGUGCACGCGCCCGUUUGUGGAUGGUGGAAGUGCCAGAAUCGAGGCUAAAGGAAGCUGAAGUAUCCGGUGCCCGCCUGCUGCCGCUACAGCUGCCACUACAGCUGCCACCGCUGUAUGGUUUGGACAGUGUUUGCACUUGUUUGGGACGGAAGUAGGUGAGGAAGAGGAGGAGGAAGAGGAAGAAGUUCAAGAAGCUGUGGUUUGGAACGAAGAAAGGCAACGCAACCACAAAUAUAUAAAGUGGUGUGCAUCGAAAAUAAAGUGGAGCUAUCCUUCCAGGACUGAAAAGAAAGAAAGAAGAUAAAAAGCAAGAUAUUGGCUGCUGAAUGACUGACUGAUUGAUGAGAUCAGCAUCUUUCCAAGGGAUCUGGAUCUGAAGCUAAAAAAGAAAAUAUAAAACGAGGCAGCGAAAGAAAGAGAGAAAAAGAGAAAGAGAAAGGAGCUGCAUCUCACAGGUUCCUCUGAGAAGAGUGAGCCUCAUUCCCUCCCUGUUGGUGGAUCCUCCCAGUGGGGUUAAAUCAGGAUUCGCCUCUCAGGAUUGGACAUAUUUGGACCCACAUCCUUUAUAAAUACAGGAACAAAAGGUACAGAGAUCAGUCAUGGAGAGGGCUCUGCUGUGCCUGGCGCUGUUCUGGCUGCCCGCCGCCUCCAUGCUGUGCCCGAAGCGCUGCACGUGUCAGAACCUGCUGCCGUCCUACACCGUCCUCUGCGCCAAGACCGGCCUGCUGUUCGUCCCCCCCAACAUCGACCGGCAGACGGCCGAGCUGCGGCUGAUGGACAACUUCAUCACCACGCUGCGGCACCGCGACUUCGCCAACAUGAGCAGCCUGAUCCACCUCACGCUCUCCCGCAACACCAUCAGCCUCAUCCUGCCCUACACCUUCGCCGACCUGCAGGACCUCCACGCCCUGCACCUGGACGCCAACCGCCUCACCAUGCUGGACGACACGCACCUGCAGGGCCUGGUCAACCUGCGCCACCUCAUCCUCGCCAACAACCAGCUGCACAGCAUCUCCGACGGAGCCUUCCAGGAUUUUCUGGAGACUCUAGAGGACCUGGACCUGUCCUACAACAAUCUGGUGGACGUCCCGUGGGACACCAUAUCCCUUCUGGUCAGCGUCAACACUCUGAGUCUGGACCACAAUCUCAUCGAGUUCGUGCCGGAGGGAAUCUUCUCCAAUCUGCACAAGCUGGCCCGGCUGGACAUGACGUCCAACAAGCUGAAGAAGAUCCCGCCGGACCCGCUGUUCCUUCGGAUCCCGGUCUAUGCCAAGAUGAAGGGGUCGCCGCUGACGGCGCUGGUGCUGAGUUUCGGCGGGAACCCGCUGCACUGUAACUGCGAGCUGGUAUGGUUGCGACGGCUGACGCGCGAAGACGACCUGGAAACCUGCGCCUCGCCCAAAGAACUGGCUGGGAAGUACUUCUGGACCAUCCGGGAGGAGGAGUUCGUUUGCGAGCCGCCGAUGAUCACCCGCCACACCUCUAAGAUGUUCGUGAUGGAGGGUCAGGAGGUCAGCCUGAGGUGUCGCUCGGUGGGCGACCCCGAGCCCACCACGCACUGGGUCAGCCCUGACGGAAAACUCAUCGGGAACACCUCCCGUACCACCGCCUUCGAGAACGGAUCCCUGGACAUCCUCACCGCCACCGUCAAAGACUCGGGCGUCUUCACCUGCAUAGCCUCCAACGCCGCCGGCGAGGCAACCGCUCCGGUGGAGCUGGUGGUCAACCCUUCCCCUCAUUACGACCCCAAACUGGAGCCUGAGCCCGGACCCUCGGACAUGCCCACCUCCAUCAAGUCCAACAGCAGCAGCAGCAGCAGCAGCGUGGGUCAGCCUCGGGCCGAGCACCGCGUCAGCGUGACCGAAAUAACCUCCAUGUCGGCCAUCGUCCGCUGGCCGUCUCAAAGCCAUAUUCCUGGGGUUCGCAUGUACCAGAUACAGUACAACAGCUCCACCGACGAGAUCCUCAUCUACAGGAUGAUCCCAGCCUCCCAUAAGCUCUUCCAGCUGAGUGACCUGGCCUCGUCUCGGGACUACGAGCUCUGCGUUCUGGCGGUUUACGACGACGGCGUGACGGCGCUGACCGCCACCCGCCUGGUGGGCUGCGUCUCCUUCACCACCGAGCGCGACUUCCACCGCUGCCGCUCCCUCCACGACCAGUUCCUGGGCGGCACCAUGAUCAUCGUCAUCGGCGGCAUCAUCGUGGCGUCCGUCCUCGUCUUCAUCUUCAUCCUGCUGAUGAAGUACAAGCUCCACAGCCAGCACUACAAGCAGAAAGCCGCCAGGGUCAGCAACGUCUGCUCCCAGACCAACGGCGGCCAGCAGGGGGCGGCGGCGUCCUCCGCCCAGCCGCCGCCGCCGCCCACCCGCUCGUCCUCUUCCUCCGGAUCGGCCAAUAAACCGUCGGCCCCGCUCAGCCAGGACAGGCCUGAGGGCUGCGGGGGGCAGGACAGCGGAUACGGGGCUCUUAGAGGAACCACGGUGGUGGACUUGAACCCGGAGUACGGGAAAUCCGUCAAAGAGGACGAUUCCAUAUCGCAAUAACGUCGGAUCAAAACCGACCAGCCUCCCUCCUCCUCCUCCUCUUCUUCUUCUACUUCUUCUUAUUAUUUUUCCUCCCUCCUUCUAUUACUCCUCUACUUGCCUUCCCCUCCCUCCUUCCUUCCUUACAUCUUUCUUCUUCACGUUCUUUUUUCUUCUUUCUUUUCCCUUCUGGUGCUGGGGUCUCGCUGCCUUACCGAGGAUUUACCUCCUGUCCAAGGCAAAACUCAGUCUGGAGGCUCUUAUAAAUUGCCUGGGAUUGGAGCCAAUACACUUCUGGGAGAGGAGGUGGGUGGAAGCCGCCAGUAACAGCAACUGUUUUCAGUCCCUUAUGCAACAAGCUUCUCCAUGAACGACGGACAUUAAUGAGCCUGUUCAGAGCAUAUGGGCGCGAUUUGGUCCUAACCAGAGGCCAUCAAAAAAUAUAUAGAGAAGAAAAGAAGAAGAAGAAAUAAAGAAAAAUGAAGAAAAUGAAAAGAAUGACCUUGGUUGUAGUGGAGAAGCGAACCGAUGAACACGUCUUUUUUUUCACGAACCUGUUGACUAAAAAUAACAAUGGAAUAUAUACCAGGAUUGAGUUUUUGGUGUUUGUGUUCUGGCGUUUCAGCGUUUCACGUUUUAAUGCCGUGUAGACGAGUGCAAAGCCAAAGGAAUAAAACCUUCUGAUUGGACGCCAAACUGAUUGGCGGAUGGAAAUACGAUGUUCUCGCACAGGCUUAUUA